ACUAAUGUAGCAGAAAAUGAUGGCUUAAGUAGUAUGUCGCUAAUGGCACAAUGGCUAACAACUAGACUUGGCAAAUGAGCUGAAAAGUUUGGCAACAAACUGGCACUUCCUGUUCCUGGCGUUUUCAAAGAGUGAGUCAAUAUAAAUGCAUGUUGUCUAAUCAGGUGAGUCUGUAAUACACAUACUGUGGUUAUAAAAUCUAGUGCUGCGUUGAGAUACAAGACAAUUUCUGAAUGGUAGUAGUCAACUCGACUCACUUUACGACAACGUGGUUUGGCAAAUAAAGAACCAUUUUUCAAAAAAGAAGCUUCGAGUUUUGUUAUCGUUGCUUCCACUUAACAUUUAAAGCAAAACUAAACAUAAAGUAAAGAGAAUUGCACCUAGUGUAUUUAAAUCAGCAACAGCUUUCCGUUAGGGAAGUCAGUCAUGCAAAACGCCAUUGAUGAGCUAGCAAAUAGGAUCGAAGUCACAGUGUUUAAAAACCUUGAAGCAAUGGCUGUUUGAACACAAACGGUGAAGCAACACAUUGGAAGAUCAUAUAACAAUCUUCACAGGUGUUUUGCUACGUUAUUGCUGUGAGGUUUUAUGAAAUCCAAUAUAAGAAUGUGAUUUUUCAUCAUUCACUCCAAUCGGGAAAGAUGAUUUGAGAUACAAGCGUUUUUCCAAAGUUAUAUCUCAAGGGCCCACUACAUACAGUACCUUUUCGAUUCUAAGUGUACCGAAUAAAGUGGCCAGGGGAUUUAAUUUGGUCAUAAAUGACGGGUGCGAGACUUUGCAACGAUGAUAACCACAGGGUACGAAAUUUAAAUUGACAAAUUUUCCCCAUCAGACGCCCCUGUACAUAAACAGCACAUAGCUCAAAGCAUAAUGGAACAUGGAUGAGAUUUUUUUUGUUGUUGUCUGGAUUUGACAAUAUUUUGGACAUUGUCAUUCUUCUUUUCCUUUCGGCUUGUCCCGUUAGGGGUCACCACAGCGUGUCAUUUUUUUCCAUCUCAGCCUAUCUUGUGCAUCCUCUUCUCCAACACCCACUGUCCUCAUUUCCUCCCUCACCACAUUCAUCAACCUUUUUUCUUUCGUCUUCCUCUCGCUCUUUUGAUGGCAGCUCCAUCCUCAGCACCAUUCUACCAAUGUACUCAGUCUCUCACCUCCGAACGUGUCCAAACCAUCGAAGUCGGCUCUCUCGAACCUUGUCUCCAAAACAUCCAACUUUGGCUGUCCCUCUAAUGAGCUUGUUUCUAAUCCUAUCCAACCUGUUCACACCAAGGGAGAACCUCAGCAUCUUCAUUUCUGCCACCUCCAGUUCUGCUUCCUGUUGUUUCUUUAGUGCCACCGUCUCUAAUCCGUACAUCAUGGCCGACCUCACCACUGUUUUGUAAACUUUGCCCUUCAUCCUAGCAGAGACUCUUCUGUCACAUAGAACACCAGACACCUUCUGCCAACUGUUCCACCCCGCUUAGACCCGCUUCUUCACUUCUUUACCACACUCUCCAUUGCUCUGUAUUGUUGACCCCAAGUAUUUGAAGUCAUCCACCCUCGCUAUCUUCACUCUUCCUCCUCCGCCCCUCUCAUUCACAUCCAUAUAUUCUGUUUUACCUCGGCUAAUCUUCAUUCCUCUCCUUUCCAGUGCGUGCUUCCAUCUUUCUAAUUGUUCCUCCGUCUGCUCCCUGCUCUCACUGCAGAUCACAAUAUCAUCUGCGAACAUCAUAGUCCAAGGGGAUUCCAGUCUAACCUCAUCUGUCAGCCUAUCCAUUAGUACCACAAACAGGAAGGGGCUCAGUGCGGAUCCCUGAUGCAGUCCCACCUCCACCUUAAAUUCUGCUGACACACAUACGGCAAAUCUCACCUCUGUUCUGCUGCCCUCAUACAUGUCCUGUACUAUUGUAACAUAUUUCUCCGCCACACCAGACUUGCGCAUGCCGUACCACAGUCCCUCUUAGUACUCUGUCACAGGCUUUCUUUAGAUCUACAAAGACACAAUGUAGCUCCUUCUGACCUUCUCUGUACUUUUCCAAGAGCAUCCUCAAGGCAAAUAAUGCAUCUGUUGUACUCUUUCUUGGCAUGAAAGAUAUGACGAUUUUUUAAGAGGAGACUUUAAAAUGGGGGCAGUUCCUCGCUCAUAUGUACCUCAACAGUCACAGAGAAACAGACUAGUACCUCUAGUAGUGAUUUGAGUCCUAUUUUUAAAGGAAAGUGACUUAAGUACAAAAUAAGGCUGUCGCUGUCUGGUCAUUUGAGGAAUCUGUUUUCGGAGAGGAAGAGGUCAGUGUCUUACGAGCGCCCUGCCUCUGAAAACCAAGACCUCACGCUUCACGGUGCCGUGUACCAGAGCUUCUCAGAAGUCUUCCCCCUUUAUCCCAUUAAAGGGUUAGAUCUCCUUUUGGCCCCUGGCAAGAUCAAGAAGAUUACAUUCACACUCUUGCUCGUGAGAGCUUUUCAGCUAGUCGUUUGAGCGACGUUGCCCUCACCAGUUCCGCAACCGCCGGGGCUUCAAUACCUCCGCUUCGUGAGGAACAUUCUAGCCAGCAUGGGCGCCCACGGCUCCAACCUGGACGACAUCCUGGAGGAGGACAUGCACCACUGGUACACCAAGUUCAUGAAGGAAUCUCCGUCGGGCCUCAUCACGCUCUUUGAGCUCAAGACUAUGCUGGAGAUGAACGGCAUGACGGAAGAGGCCAGCAGCUACGUGGACCAGGUCUUCUUCACCUUUGACAUGGAUGGGGACGGCUACAUCGACUUCGUGGAAUACAUUGCCGCCAUCAGUCUGCUCCUGAAGGGAGAAGUCAACCAGAAGCUCAAAUGGUACUUCAAGCUCUUCGACCAGGAUGGAAACGGCAAAAUCGACAAGGAUGAAAUGGAGACCAUCUUCAAGGCCAUCCAAGACAUCACGAGGAGCUACGAAAUUCCACCCGAAGAAAUUGUCACGCUCAUCUACGAGAGGAUCGACGUCAACGGGGAAGGUGAGCUGACCCUGGAGGAGUUCAUCAACGGUGCUCGGGAGCACCCCGACAUCAUGGAGAUGCUCACCAAGAUGAUGGACCUCACUCACGUACUGGAGAUCAUCAUCAUGGGACAAUGCAAGAAGACCAAAUAAUGACCCAGGAGGGAC